UCUCCCACAGCUGAGGGCCCCGCAUCCCCGGAGCCCCGCAGGAACUUACGGCCGCUUCCUCGCGUGGGCCCGGCGCCCUUCCGCGGACCCCAGGCACCUCCUCCGCCCCAACGCGGAAGGCCAGGACUGUCCCUGAGUUUGGGGGGCGCCGAGACGGAGGGUCUGGCGGCCGCAGGGACUAGCCAAGGACUGGGCUCCGGCCCGGGAGCUGCUGGAACAUGCGCCCGGAGCCGCAGUUUGUUUGACAGUUACCAGACUAUGUUUACACUUCUGGUUCUACUCAGCCAACUGCCCGUAGUUACCCUCGCGUUUCCUCAUUGCACAAGGAGUCCGAAGGAGUCCGGGCAUGCUGGAGAAGUAGUCUUCACAGCAAAAGAAGCAGCAAAUCUUUUCAUACAUAGACGCCUGCUGUAUAAUAGAUUUGAUUUGGAGCUCUUCACACCCGGUGACCUAGAAAGAGAAUGCAUAGAAGAACUUUGUAAUUAUGAAGAAGCUAGAGAAAUUUUUGUGGAUGAAGAUAAAACGACAGCAUUCUGGAAAGAAUAUUCCGUCAAAGGACCAACCACAAAAUCAGAUGCUAACAGAGAGAAAGUUGAUGUCAUGGGCCUUCUGACUGGAUUAAUUGCUGCUGGAGUGUUUUUGGUUAUUUUUGGUUUACUUGGUUACUAUCUUUGUAUCACCAAGUGUAACAGACAACAAUAUCCCAGUUCUUCAGCCGCCUACGUAAGAACGGGCAGGCACACUCCCUCCAUCAUUUUCAGAAGACCCGAGGAGGCUGCCUUGACUCUGUCACCGCCCGCAAUGGAGGACACAGGAUUACCUUCUUAUGAACAGGCAGUGGCACUGACCAGAAAACACAGUGCUUCCCCGCCACCACCAUAUCCUGGGCCAACAAGAGGGUUUCAAGUAUUUAAAAAGUCUAUGUCGCUCCCAUCUCACUAAGCCUGCCAUGGUAGUGU